AUGUCUUUCCCCACUAAGAGAUUGGCCCGAGUUGUGAGCUUGGUCCUGGCGCUUUCACUGUGUGUGUCGAACAGGCACUGGGUCGGCCCACAGGUCUUUACGGGGUCAUGUGCCCAUACUUCUCAGAGGUCAAGUGGGCCACGUUCGAGGACAGCAGUCACCGCUGCUGCGGAGAGUUGCUUGGCCCAGCUUGCCAGCAUGACCACUUUGUCCAUUGACACGGGAGACCUCACGGUCAUCAAGGAGUAUGCAGAGACAGGACUCAUCACAGAUGCAACGACGAAUCCUUUGUUUGUCAGCCAAGCUGGCCUGAGCGGAGAUCCCGUAUACGUAGCGCUGCUUGAGGAUGCGAUAGCUUAUGCACGCAAGUCUUCGACAAAGGAGGACGACUUUGUUGAGUUGGCCAUGGACAAGCUGGCAGUGAACCUCGGGGUUGCCAUCUCGAAGCUUGUCUCCGGGUAUAUUUCCACUGAAGUCGACCCACGCUUGAGCUUCAACAAGGAGGAAACUUUGCGACGUGCUAGGCGGAUCAUUGCUUUGUACGAGGAAGCUGGCAUUCCAAGAAGUAGAGUGCUGAUCAAGCUAGCGGCCACGUGGGAAGGUAUUGCAGCAAUGAAGGAAUUGGAAUCUGAGGGCAUCACUUGCAACAUGACCCUGGUGUUUGGCUUUGCGCAGGCUGUUGCCGCUGCUCAGUAUGGUGCACGUCUCAUUUCGCCUUUUCCUGGGAGAAUCUUGGACUUCCACAAGAAGCUGUCAGGGAAAGACAUUUGGGAGCCAGAGAAGGAUCCUGGUGUGGUGGCAGUGCGGCGCAUGUAUUCCUACUACAAACGCUAUGGCUAUGACACCAUUUGCAUGCCGGCCAGCUGGCGGCCAUCAAGGGGAGCUGGCCAUGACUUGGAUGAGAUAGAGGCUGCUCGAGCAACUGGCAACAGGUGA